AUGGUGAACAAACUGAGUGGUGUUGAUCGUGUGCGAGCUCAUCUGUUAGGAGAAGGCCCAGGCAGCAAGGAUAUUGUGAGUUGUCCUCUCAUCCCAGGUAACAAGAAAGCGGAUCUGCUCAAUAUGCAAAAGGUUAUUGAUUCCGAGAAAGGGGCAAGGGGGAAGAAACGGCCGAAUGAAUCUGGUGGUGCUUCUAUGAGAAUGGAUGGCAAUGUCCAAGGGUUUCCACCGGUGGAAGUUGCCAGGCAUGGUGUGCCUUAUGCACCACCAAAAUAUGAUGAUCUCCGGGAUAAGCUUUUGGUGAAAGAGAAACGAUUCAUUGACAUUGAGAUGGCGUCCUUGAGGAAGCAGUGGGAGCAGAGGGGUGCAACCAUAUGCGCAGACGGGUGGGCAGAUAGGAGGAAUCGGCAUAUCAUGGGGCUUGUGGCAUAUAGUCAAGGACGAGGAGCUUUUUUGAAGGCUAUCGACAUUUCCUUAACAGGAAAAACAGCUGAAAAUACUCUGCGCUGCUGGGAAGAAGGCAUUAACAUUGUAGGUGCAGAGAACGUUGUCAUGGUUGUGACCGAUGGGGAAAAUGCAAACAGAGCAGCAGCAGCACUUUUGCAACAGAGGUACCCGAAAAUUCAAUGGGCAGCAUGUUUUGCCCAUUGCUUGAACAAUGCCUUGAAAGACUUCGGUGUACUUCCAUGGAUGGCAACACUUCUGGAGCGUGGAAAGUCUUUGGUGAUCUUCGUUAGAAACCACUCUCAUAUAGUGGCACUGCUGGCGGAGUUUACUCACAAGCGAUUGCUGCGUUAUUGUGAUACCAGGUUCGGCUACAACUUCAUUAUGAUGGAGAGGCUGGUGGAGCUCCGAGAAGCUUUACAACAGAUGUUCGUAUGCCCUGCGUACAGAGCAAGGCCUGAGUCGAAGUCGAGAGCAGGAAGGGACAGUUAUGCAACGGUUUUUGAUGACAGUUUUUGGCAAUAG